AUGAUUGCGCAGAAAUUAGCACAACUGAAACAAAGUUCAAAUCGUUGGCAGCAAAGAUCAUCCGAGAGAGCUAUCCCACAAGUCCCGGGAACUCUCAGUGAGCGCAGAAAUGCUUUAUUACAAUCCAAAAAUGUUAGUAUAUUUUGA